CGAGGGCUUCUUGGAGGGCGACAUUGUCCCGCCCAAGGCUGAUGAGGCUAAGGCCAUGGGAAGAAAUGCAGUGUCCAACCCAAACCUACUGUGGCCCUCAGCAGCCAUAAUAUACAAGACUAGUGAUGAUGUUGGUUGCCCGGACUCCCCGCAAUGUGAGAUCCUGAUGAGGGCCAUGAACCACUACCACGCCAGGUCCUGCAUCAGGUUCAAGGAGUGGACUGGCGAGCCCAACUACGUAGACAUAUUCUUUAACUCUGACAGUGGUGCUUGCUGGUCGCCCGUUGGUCGCACGGGUAAUGGUGUGCAGCGCCUGUCGCUUGGUCAACGCUGCUGGUAUCUCGGCAUUGUGGUCCACGAGCUCGGGCACGCCAUCGGCUUCUGGCACGAGAUGAAUCGGCCUGACAGAGAUGACUGGAUAUACGUCUACUGGAAGAAUAUCAUUCAAGGGUUUUCAUCUUCUUUUGCCAAACAUGACGCCCGGACGGUCGAUUCUCUAGGAGAGCGAUUUGACUAUCGCUCCAUCAUGAUGUAUGAUGAAUACGCCUUCUCUAAGGAUGGAAUUUCACCAACUUUGCAAGCUAAGACUGGAGAGGAAAUUGGUCCUAUUUGGAAAAAACGAGGUCUCAGUGCUAGUGACAUUCGACGAGUUCACAAACUCUACAAGUGCAAUGGCAAUAAGCAAAAGCUAAGUUUUCCAUAUGACAUUUCCUGUGAUUUCAACCAACACACUUGUGGCUUUAAGAACGGUGGAUCUGCCGUGUGGAAUUGGAGGACAGUAAAUGCAACAGAUGGUUACGUGUACAGUUCGUAUGACCAGGCUGGUGUGACUCCCGGUUACUUCAUGUCCAUCAACCUACAUGCCAUUAGUGACAAGGACACCACGAGAGGGCCUCUGGGCUGUGUCCGCUUCUGGUACCUCCUACAGGGCGAUGGCAACGCUAGUCUCAAGCUGCUGCAUGCAUACCUGGACAAGGUGACUCAGUUGACUUACGACAAUGAGAAGACCUUUGACCUCUGGCUUAACGACACAGUAGCCAACGAGUGGGUGCAUGUGGACGUUCCUAUAUACAUCACUAGACCAUUCAAGUUGAUAUUCUACUCCCAGUUCGAGGACGGCGCGACCUAUGGCACCAUAGCUCUAGAUGACAUAGAGAUCAUGUAUUCCGCUUGCCCUGAAGACUCGGCCAGCGUGAGUGUCCCCGUCUCGUCAUCUUCAAGUCCCCCCGCCAUCACGGAGACCCUUACCCCCACCACGACCACCGAGGAUCCUGACCUCUCAGAGUUCACAGAAUCAGCAGAACUCGUAACAACUCCCGAAGACAUUGAUGAAACAGUUGAAGAAAGCAACAGUAUCGACGAAAGCGUAAAGAAACAAAAGAAAAACUGAUAGUACUCUAUGACUGUGAAACUUAAAUAAGUACUGAUUGUUUUGAUUCAUAGGUACAAAUUUUACCAUGUGAAGUAUGAGAUUUUGUCUAUUGAAAUGCUUUCAUAGUGCACUUAACAUGAACUGGAAAGCCUUAGGAGAGCUAUAAACAAAAUUAAGUAAACAAGUUUAAUAUCAAAUCAUGAAAUUGUGAAUUCUGUCAAUGUGUUCAAAGUAAAUUUUGGUACACAUUUUAGCUCAAAAAAUAAU